GCCCGGCCGCGGCCGCUCCCGCCUGGAGCCGCCGCGCGCCCCGAGCCCCCCGCGGCCCCUCGCCUUCCUCUUCCCGGCGCGGCCCCCCGGCUUCCGCGCGCCGCCCGCCACCAACCCGUUGGCCACCAUGUCGGUGGAGCUGGAGGAGGCCCUGCCGCCCACGGGCGCCGAGAGGGCCAAGAGGGCGGCGCGCGCGCGUGGCGGCGGCGGCGGCGGGGCGGCGACCAGGCCCGCGGCCGCCCCGAAGCGCAAGAGCAGCCGCAAGAAGAACCAGCCGGGCAAGUACAGCCAGCUGGUGGUGGAGACGAUCCGCAGGCUGGGCGAGCGCGGGGGCUCGUCGCUGGCGCGCAUCUACGCGGAGGCCAGGAAGGUGGCGUGGUUCGACCAGCAGAACGGGCGCACCUACCUCAAGUACUCGGUGCGCGCGCUGGUGCAGAACGACACGCUGCUGCAGGUCAAGGGCACGGGCGCCAACGGCUCCUUCAAGCUCAACCGCAAGAAGCUGGAGGCCGCCGAGCGGCGCGCCCCCGCGCCCGUGCCCGCGCCCGCCGCGCACAAGUCCAAGAAGCCGGCGCCGCGCCGCGCGGACCCCCGACCCGCGGCCGACAAGCGCGCGCCCGCCAAGGCCGCUGCCGCCGCCGCCAAGGACCAGGGCAGCGGCGGCGGCGGCGGCGGUGGCGGCAGCAAGGCCAAGAAAGCGGCGGCGGCGGCGGCCGGGAGCAAGAAGGUGAAGAAGGCGGCCAAGCCCAGCGUCCCCAAGGUGCCCAAGGGGCGCAAGUGAGCGCCCCGGGCCCGCGCGCGCGCGUCCGACAUCCUGGGGAAACCGUCCCUCGCGGGGCCGCGGCUUCCCCUCCCCUCCCCCCACGCGCCGCGGUGGCGGCUGUUCGCUGGAGAUUUUUGAAACGGCCCCGGCGACGCCCUGAUUGGCUCUCGCCCUUGGCAACGGCCGUCGCUAUGGUUACCGCCUCCCCCAUCCGGGCACCAAUGGGCGGGGCCGCGGUGGGCCGGCUGGCGGCGGCGGCGGCCCGCCUUACUCCCUCUUCUCUCGCCGCCUCCGGUCUCGCGAGAGUCGCGCGCCCGACGGCGCGGCGCUCCCCUCCCCCCGCGGGCCUCUGGGAGGCCACAAUAAAAGAUUGUUGACGUUUGCA